UUUAUUAAUAAGACGGACAAGCUAAGCUAAGCGACGACCAAUAUCGACAACUCGGUCGAUCGUAUUCACUGCCACCAUUGUUUACAUAAACAAUGCACACAAUGCACAUUUUCAAUUCCCCAUAUGGUGGUGCUUAUGGCGGCGAAAAUGAUGGCGUGGUAGGGCGGGUCGACCACCGCCAGACCACCGUUGACCGUCUUCCUGCAGCACAGGCCCGAGCUUAUGGUGCUCCUAAUCCUGCAAGACUUCAAAUGACGCCCGAGAAUCUUCCUGGAAGGGCGCCUUACGCUUCACCAGGUGUGACCGCGUUUGGGGUCAAACAUCCGGAGCUCCCACCCAAGACUCUUGAUGCUCUUAGGAGAGCAUGCAUCGAAAAUGAGGAGAACAUGGACAGUAUUUCAGAAGUGAUCCGCUCGGAGCUAGACAUAGCAGGUCGCGAGGGGGCACUCAAGCUUCUGGCUGAGCUUAAAAUCCCGCCCAUCGACUGCAAGCGCGUGCUUGACAGCCUGUUGUCGACAACACCAUCCAAUCACUCCAACAAGACCAAUAAGUCGAAGUCGCGAAUUAGGUAA